AAGACGAUUCGAAAGACGCUUUUGUCCGGACACAAAUGAUGAUCGCUCUUUAGCUACGCGGUUCGCAGUAUAAAUAUUCGCGACACCAAGCUUUCGCAAGUUGUUUCUGCGGCGUACACGUUCCUACCACACGGCACGCGAGGGCUAUAUACAAGCGUCUACAGAGAAUUGCACGUUGCUUGUGACCUUACGCGAAAACUGAAGUCGCGAAGAUAGAUUGAUCCCGCUGAAGCAACCUCACGGAGACACCAGUAUUAUUCAGUAAUUAACGGACCACGAUGAUAGUUAUACCCAUGAUACCGUUUUUCCUAGGCUAUCUUGCAUGGAAUACUAGCAGUCCUACGCCCUCGUACAUAUUUCACGUGCGGAUAGAAACGUUAUUAUUCGGAUAUUCAGGAACACGUAAUAAUGGAGGCAACGCCGAUCUGCAGUUCAAUCUGAAAUGUCAGCCGUUUAUGGAUCAAAAUUUAAAAUGUCACAUCGAAAAAACUACUUCUUAUUCACCUAGCACUGACCCCGCACACAUAAUAGACAAACUCAGCAACAUACAUUGCAUAAUGAACUUCCAACCGUACGGAGUAAGCAGUUAUGACGUAUUCCCGGAAAACGUGGAAAACAAGGAGACUGCGUUGGAAGUAUUUCGGUUUAUCGGGCAUCAGCUGAGCGUCGGCGUUGACAUUAAAAAAUACUACGGCUACGAAUUCAGCGCGAUAGAAGACACCGUAUUCGGCAUAUGCGCGACAAUUUACACAAUAAGUCGAAAUAAGGUUUCCAAUUAUAUGUUAUAUUCCGAGCUGGUCUCCUUAAUUGCGAAGGAAGUGUACACUAUAAAGAAGGACGAAUCGGUCAAUAUUAAGAAAAUAAGGCUUGUGGAAUCUUGCAAAUCGAGGAACGCUGCUAUCUUCGGAAGGAUCUUAUGGCCCAACCUCAUAACAUCGAAUAUCGUCGCGAAGCUGCUAAGCUCGGAGUCUCAAAUGACAUAUACUCAGCACGAUUUCUACACCAACACUAUAAAUGAAUUUAAUCUCUAUGAUGAGCAAGAUAAGAUAGUUGGUUCUAUCCACGAAACGAUUUAUGUUAAAUUAGUAUGGAUAGAAAACUGAAAAACGCAAGACGACUAUGGCAUCUAUUCGUUCAAUAAAACGCUGAGGAUUACACUCAGUGACAUCAAUUAGGUAACGGGCAAAAUUACACGGAGGAUGUAUUUUUAAUUCGUUUUUAAAAUAUUGUUGACAUGGAGUAUUAAACUGCAUAAAGUGUUACUAUUAUUAUAACUACAAAAACACGAUAUACAUAUCUUACUGUUUUAUGUCCUUCGGUGACUUAUUGCUGGUAUAGAUGACGAUAUACCGCCUUUGUUAUGUUGUUAUUUUUUCUAUAAUAAAAUUUAUAAUUUUGCGGCCCGAUAA